CAGCUUCCAGCUGGGUGGUUGUUUGGGUCUCUUUUACCCACCCUGUGCUGCAGCAGCAGCAGCAUUUGCUGCCGCUUAUUUACCAGCGCUGCCACUAUGUGAAAACAACUGUCAAAGAGCGCGAGAAUCGCGAGAUUCCAGUCCCUAGCAAAUAACGGUUACGAUUAGACGUGCGUAUAAACAUUUCUCAAGCGCAGGCCGUGCUGCGAGAGGCGGUUUUGUUUUCGGUUUCGCGUGGCCAUCUAUAAUCGGCAUCGCGAUCGGGAUUGUUGGGCGCGAAACGUAAAGCUGCUGACCACACGGCAGGAAUUUUUGUGCUUAGGUUUGGAAUUUCUUGUGCCGGAAACGAACCCAACCGAUACCGUGCAAGAUAAUUGAAGAAUGCAAAUUUUAAGAAGGUGAAUAAAAGUGCAGAAGAGGUCGGAAAAUGAUUAUACAAGCUAGAUAAAAACAUAAUCCUUCAUGGAAUAAAAUGGAUCUACAACAAAAUGUGUCAUAAAGUGUGAUAAGAAAAGUGUGAAAAGUGAUGUUUUGUUAAAAUGAUAAAGAUAAGAAAAGUAUACACGAAUCGUUUCGCCGGGUUAUUCAAUUAUUAAAACAAAACAUGAAAUCAGAUAAGGAAGUAUAUUAAAAAAAUAUAUUUCAAUAGUAUUCAGAAUUCGGAAGAAUAGUAUACAAGAGUAAGAAAACAAAACUGUGCUGUGUUGAGUUGAAAUGAGUGCGAUUAAAUAAGAAACGAUGAUACUUUCGUAAAACUCAUCGAAAAUGUAACAAAAUACUACGUACUGGAGUAUAAAGCAAAGCACAACAACAGCCAGCUUUACAUAAUGAAGAAAGAGCUGCGAUCGUGCACGGCCUGCGGUGAACCUAUAUCGGACAAGUUCCUGCUAGAUGUCGGUGGCUGUUCGUGGCAUUCGGCCUGUUUACGUUGCUGCAUCUGUCACACACCGCUCGAUCAUCAGCCGUCCUGUUUUUUGCGGGAGCGACAAAUCUACUGCAAAACGGAUUACACCAAGACUUUCGGUACCAAGUGUGCCCGAUGCAGCCGUACGAUCAGUGCCACCGACUGGGUGCGACGGGCUCGCGAUCUUAUCUUUCAUCUUGCCUGCUUUGCCUGUGAUAGCUGUGGGCGCCAGUUGUCUACCGGAGAACAGUUCGCCCUCGUAGACGAUAAGGUACUGUGCAAGACGCACUACUCGGAGAUGUUUGACUGCGGCACCUCGAGCGAUGACGGUUGCGAGGCGGAUGGAUACCAGAAGAAUAACAAAACCAAACGCGUCCGGACGACGUUCACGGAGGAGCAGCUGCAGAUAUUGCAGGCAAACUUUAACAUCGAUAGCAACCCGGACGGUCAGGAUCUGGAGCGGAUAGCAUCGGUGACGGGUCUUAGCAAGCGUGUUACGCAGGUUUGGUUCCAGAAUUCGCGAGCACGACAGAAGAAGCACGUUCAAGUUCCUAGGGAAGGUGAAAUGAAUCCCUUUGCGAGGCAUAUCAACCUGCAGCUUUCGUACACCUUCCAGCAGGCCGGUGUCGUCCACAAUCCAUUACACAUUGGCGCUGGUGGGGGUAUUUUAAAUGGGUCCCCCUUCGGCACUAAUGGUAACUUUGGCAGCCAUCAUCACAACAACAAUAAUAAUAGUAGUAGCAUCAACAAUAAUCAUUCAUCGAAAUCAUCCGCUUAUAGUACGCAUGAUUCUUCGCUUGAUGAACUAUCGGAAGACUCUGCAAUACACUGCAUGCAGAGUGAGGCUUAGCAUAUGGAAUUGUCACGUGUUUUGUACAUUAACAUGCCACGCGUUUAUUGUUGAUCAGUAUUAAUUUAUUUCUACCACACUAUUACGAGGCGGCCUAAGUUGUAGCAAAAUUUUAGUCAAGCUCCUCCCAGUCUCCGGUCUAUAGUAGUUUGGAGACGAUUUGUUUUUAACAAAAAAAUUGUUUUUUUAACUUUAUCCUUUUCUGCGUAACAUUGUGGAAAUGUGUACGGUUUCAAAUGCGUGCGUGCGUGUGUGCGCGCACGUGCGAUGUAUUAAAUUAUUGUCUACUGCUAGGAUAGUUGUGGUGGCCUUAAGUCUAAUGAAGUUCGUUUGAAACGCAACGUAAAAUAAAGUGAAGAAAUUAUUUAUUUAAUGCACCACUGUA